CAGAAUGCCCAGCGGGAGAUUCCGAAUAUGUCAGGCAUGGAAGAUGAUGUAUGCACUGAGAGUGAUCUUCAAAUUAGUCUUGAGUGGAAAGAAUUAGAGAAAAGACUAAGAAAGGAAGAGGAGCAGAAAUGAGCAGCACAGGAGGUAGAAAGAGAGCUGCAUUUGAACUCAGAAAGAGAAGAAGAGAGGAGAAGUAUAUCACCUAUAAAGUUUGAGGAGGAGUUGAAAAAAAUAGAGGAGGCCACUCUGAACGUUGGAAUGAAAAACGAAGUUCACCGCACAGAAGAUCUUCAGCUGGAGCUGGAUAAACAGCAGAUGUUAAUAAGGAAACUUCAGGAGCAAAUGGAGGAGGAAAAACAGGCUUUUGAGAAGGCUCAGGAGGAGAGAAUGAGAACCCAAAAACUUCAUUGCAUAGCAGCAACAAAGGUUCAAGCUGCUCUCAGAGGAACAUUAGUGCGCCUCUGGAGCAAAACAGAGUGUAGGAGAAAGAAAGAAGAGGAGAGGAGACUUGAGGAGGAGAAGAGGGAAUGGAAGAAGCUGAAGAAGGAGAGAGACAGGAUUGUGGAAGAAGAGUGCGCUUAGAGGGAGGAGAUGGAGAGACGCAGAGCAGAUUAUGAAGCUAAAGAACAAGAGUGCCAUCGUCUGGAGAAGGAGCAAAGACUUGAACAACAGAAGGAAGAUGAGAAAAGGAAGAAAAUGCAGAAGAAGGAAAAGCAGAACAACAUUACAAGUGUAAAGGAUGAUCGCAGAAGACAGGAAGAGGAUGUAGACAAGAAGAAUAAAGAAAAGGAAAGAACAAAAAUGGAAAGAAGUAGUCAGGUGAAGGAUGAAUGUAAAAGAGAGGAGGAAAGAGGGGAACAGGAGAACAAAGAAAAUGAGGUAAAUGUGAGAAAAAUAGAAGCUAAUAAUGAAAGAAUCAGGCAUGAGAAGAAAAUGGAAAACACAGUGGAUGACGACAGCAAAAUGAUGAAAAAACAGGACAAACCUAAAAGCAUAAACACAGAAGACACUGAAAGAUUCGAUUAUAUAAGACCACAAAUGAAGAGUGAUAAAGACAGAAUAAAGAACCAUGAAGAAGAAAAAACAGUUGAAAGCAGUGGAGAGCUUGACUCUCAGGUAAAUCUCUCACAGUCAAGAAAAAGCAUUAAAAUGACCAAAACCACUACAGAGUCACACAUAAAUGUACAUCAAGGUCUCUCCAGUGACCUUGGUAUUAGUCCAGUGGGUUCCUCGAGUGUUGCAGAUCAUCUAAGUGUUAAAGGAAAUACAGACUUGACUGUACAAGCUUCUGAUUUGGCUGUUGUAGCACCUGAGAUGGACACAAGGGGGCAUCAAAAUACUACCGCUUUUGAGCUUGAGGACCAUAAAUCAAAAAGCCAAGAAUCAAUUAAAUGUGUCUGUCUGCCUGACAGCACAGAGCAGAAGCGACAGGCCUGGAUGAUGAGCUGCACUCCCUGGUCCAAACUAUCAUUGCAGAAUAAAAGGAAGGGGUCUUCUGCACAACAGCAGUCCAAAAAAAGAGGCCCAAGAAAAAGAAGAGUCCCCAGCUUACCCUCUCUGUCUGUGGACACUAUUCUCAAAACAGGAGCUUGGAGCUCUCUCAAACAGGUUACGACAGUGACGCUGGAAGACCUACCAGGAUGUAGCCUGUCCACACUGUCCGAGUGUAACAAACUGCAGACUUUGACCCUUAGACGCUGCGGCCUCACUUCUUUGGAUGGAUUGAACCAGUGCUCUCAGAUCAGAUAUAUUGAUGUACAAGAGAACUCAAUUACUUAUGUGGAUUGUGGCGGUCUGGCCAACCUUCAGGUCCUCCUUCUGGACAGGAACCAACUGAUGAACAUCCAUGGUCUUGAUGGAGCUGAAAACCUGCAAAUUCUUCAGCUCUCACACAACAACAUCUUUCGCAUAAGUGGUUUAGGACCCCUGAAAAUGCUUCUGCGAUUAUCAGUGGACCAUAACCAGCUGCUCAGCAUAAGAGGUUUGAACGAAAUUUAUACCCUUCUCCAUCUGGACUGUUCGUACAACCACCUAAGCCACGUUGAGGGUUUGGAGCUUAACACACUGGACCUCAGAGGAAACAGUCUGACUGAGCUGCCUGUCCUGCAGAACCACAUUCUUCUGAGGGACCUGUACCUGGAUGACAAUCUUCUAUCUUCUGUUGAUGAUCUGGAAUCCUAUUGGCUGCCUUUGCUCCAAAACCUCUCUGUGUCCCAUAACAGUACGUUCUUAUAUUUGCAGAACGUUUGUCUUCAGGAAUGCACCAGUCUUCAAGAACUUAACCUGACUGGUAACCCACUACAGCAGGAAAGCAACUGCAGGUCCUUGCUUUUGGAAACAGUGCCUGGCUUGAUUAAGUUGAAUAAUGAGCAGACUGCUGCUGCCGCAGUGCCCCGUAAAUGUCCAGAACAGCAGUGGAGUUUCCAGGCCCUCUGUCAAGCACAGCAAGAGCGACGAGAUUCACUUCUCCAGCAGCAAAAGAUGGAGAUCAGUUCUGCACCCUCACUUGCCAUUGGCCACCAAGCAGACCUGCUCAGAUUGGCAGUGGACCAGCGUUACGCCCAUGAAUGUGACGACAGCUGUGUCACAGAGGAUUCUACACUGGCGGCUAACAGUAGUUCAUGUAGUUAUUCUGAAGCAUCUUUAUCACAGAGACAAAGUCUAGAGAUGCGUCUCCGGGAUACAGCAGAUUGGCAGAAACACAAAAAGACUCAGUUUUCUCAAGCUGACCUUGAGCUACGAUCUGCUGACUGCAUGCAGACACAAAGUGAGAUGGAACCUGUUCAGACACUGAAACUUAAAAUAGUGGCAGCUGUGGCGAUCCAGUGAUGCUGGUGGAGGAGAUGCUCAUUGCAGAGAUGUGAGGGCCUCCCAGGCUUAAUUGAAAAAACUAACACAAAAUCACAUCUUCAUAAGGUGGAAGAUACCUGCAUUGGGGGGCCUGAGAGGGAACGUGCUGCUGUUGUUAUUCAGGCUGCAUGGAGGGGUUGCGUUCUGCGGGAAAAGCUGGCCCGUGCUCUAGCUGCUGCUCGGAUCACAGAAAGCGAUGAGGACUUAGAAGAGGUGGACAUGGACGAAUUCAUUUUUGAUGAGAAAGCGCUGGAGAAAGCCUGGAUAACCCUGGAUUCCAAUGCCUUACCGGCCAGGAUGAUGCCAUUUUCAGAUCAGCUGCCGUUGCCAAAGUCUCCACUCCCUCUUCCGAUUCAAGGGUCUCCAAAGACUCUAUCUGUUUUUCCACUGCAGCCAAAACAUGCCUGGUCAGAUAAUGAAGGUGCAGCCUGUUCGGAGCAAAGCUUGACGCCUCACCUUAGUAGCAGCACCCUGUCUGAGGAAUCAGAAAAAAUCCUCAAAGAAUGGGGAAUCACUAAUGAGUCCACUGCCCUUUUCAUGCUGAAGAGAGCCAACAAAAUGAAAGGCAAGAAACAGAAGCAGAAGAGGUUAUUUGACCCACAUCCACGUCUGGCCCUGUUCAGGAGCCACAGUAACCAGUAUGUUUCUACAGAAACUAAAAGGCGAACACGUCCUACUUUCAAGGACAACUUUAUAGUUCACCAAGCAGUGAAUGAAGUUCACAAAUUACCGAAAGCAGAGGAAAAACAAUCUUACAAGUAGAGAACUUAGCAGUGGCUCCACACACAAGCAGUUCAUCCCGAAACAGACUCUGCAGGCACGGGACGGGAUCAUUUCUUCCCUGAUAUUGGCCAGGAUAUUCUUAAUGGUGGGAGGGUGCAGCUUGUGGCCAUAGGGGACAGAGACGGUGGAGAUUCAGGAGCAAGAUUUUGGACUGACUCCACUAGUGUCUCUCCACCUCUUAAAAAGCAUACUCAGCCUCGAAGAUACUCAGCUGAAAACACAAAAACAGAAGUGCCAUCACCUACAAGAGUCAAUUCAGCUCCGAUCCGAAAUGAACGCAUCUCGUUCCGGGACGGCCCAGUGCGACAAGGCUGGGGUGGAGGAAAGAAGAGAGCCAAAUUGAACAAAGUGUGAUGGAUGUCUUGUCGAUGUAAGCCCUUAACAAGACUUACAAUGCCCAUUUGAUCUCCGCUGAAAUUCCUUGCAGCUGCUGUUUUUACUAAAAUCCAGCUUCCUCUCCAGCAAAUGAAUUAGAAGCAAUGGAUGAGAUAUAGCCCAAAUAUCUGCAGGCGGUCACAGGAUAUGUAUUGCUUUCAAGUAUCACUCCAUUUAACAUGAGCACUGCGAGCCAUGGACUGGGUGGAAACCAUUUACAAAUGACAUGCUUAAUAUGCAGACAAUGA